CUUACUCAUCACUGUGAAAAUUCUAGCGCCAUGAACGCCUACACGAUCCUUUUCAACUUUUUUCUUGUUCUUUUCUUUCUGCAUUUUUCUCCUACCAACUCUGCUAGAACUGUUCUCAGCACUGGUCCCAAUGGUUUCUCUCUAGAACUCAUUCACCGGGACUCUCCUCGCUCUCCUCUCUAUGAUCCUUCUUCCACUUCCGCUCAGCAAGCCGAGCAGGCUGCUCUUCGCUCCAUAUCGCGCUCAGGCUACUUCGCCUCCGGAUUAACAGCAACGCCUUCUUCUUCUACCAAUGGCGUUGCUCAGAGCCCCGUCAGGCCGGGAAACGGCGACUACCUGGUGACCUUCUCUCUUGGCACUCCGUCCCACUCAUACUGGGCAAUUCUCGACACCGGCAGCGACCUCACCUGGACGCAGUGCCGCCCCUGCGAUUCCUGCACCGGCCGGAUCCUCUCCAUGUUCAACCCCCUCGCCUCCUCCACCUACAUGAACCAGGGCUGCGCCUCCACUGCCUGCAGUGACCUCCCUGCUCGAGAGAAGCACUGCAAUGCCAACAGCGUGUGCGGCUUCCGUCACACCUACGGCGACGGCUCCUCCGCGGGCGGGGACCUCGCGUCGGAGACCAUCUGGUUUGACGCUGGCGUUAAAUUUUCGAACGUCGCCUUCGGAUGCGUCCACGACGAACGCGGUAAUCUGGCCUUGCAUCAGGUCGCCGGCAUCGUAGGCCUUGGCGGCGGGUCUCUCUCGCUCAUCUCUCAGUUGGGCAACUCCGUCGGCAACAAAUUCGCUUACUGUCUCGUUCCGCCGACUGCGGGGAGCGCCACCGGGAAGCUCAAGUUCGGCGCGGCCGCCGUGUUCCCCGGCUCCGGAGCAUUGAAACAGACGCCCCUGUCCAGACAAGGCGAGCAGGGAACCUAUUACGUGCUGCACCUCGUUGACAUCAGCGUCGGGGGCAAAAGGCUCGACAUAGAAUCUAAAUCUUCUCCGAGCAUUGUACCGAUGAAGAGAAGUGGGAACGGGAUUGGUCUGAUGGUGAUAGACUCGGGCAGCACUCUGACGAUGCUGACGAAAGCCGUGUAUGCGGCGGUGGAGAAGCAAGUGUCUAGCGCUGUAAAUUUCGAAUUCGCACCUCCUCCGGCCGGUUAUGAACUCUGCUACAGAGCGGAUCCCAGCGACCUUAGAAAUUUUCCGGCGAUCACGUUCAACUUCGAGGGCGCCGACUGGACGGUGCCGGCGUGGAACGCGUUCGUGAGAGCAGGGGAGGGAGUGAUGUGCCUGGCGAUUGUGCCCACGGACGGAGUGAACGUGUUUGGGAACGUGGCGCAGCAGAACGUGUACGUGGAGUAUGAUCUUGGGAAGGGGGUGCUCUCCUUCGCUCCCACUGAUUGUACCAAGGCCUAAUGAAUUUUCCUCCUCCUGGUUUUUCUGCUUGUCUCCUUCUCUGUUCAGCAGUAGUUUCACUCUUGUAUUAGCGGUAGUUAAUCUAGGAGACGAUGGUAUAUAUAAAGACUUUGGCGUUUAAGAUA